CAGGCUCAGGAGAAGUUCGAUCUGAGCGAGAACUGCGCCGAGCGCGCGGGGCUGCGCGGUGCUGCGGGCGAGCAGCUGAGCUUCGCGGCCGGGCUGGUCUAUUCCCUCAGCCUGCUGCAGGCCACGCUGCACAAAUACGAGCAGGCCCUCAACAAGUGCAGCGUGGAGGUGUACAAGAAGGUGGGGAUGCUGUACCCCGAGAUGAGCGUCCAUGAGCGCUCGCUGGACUUCCUGAUCGAGCUGCUGCACAAGGACCAGCUGGACGAGACGGUCAACGUGGAGCCGCUCACCAAAGCCAUCAAGUACUACCAGCACCUCUACAGCAUCCACCUGGCUGACCAGGCCGAGGACUGCACCAUGCAGCUCGCCGACCACAUCAAGUUCACGCAGAGCGCCCUGGACUGCAUGGGGGUGGAGGUGUGCCGCCUGCGCGCCUUCCUGCAGGAGGUGGCGGCUGCGGGGGCACAGAUGAUCGCUCCCCUGGCCGAGAACGAGGGGCUGCAGGCCCUGAAGCUGGAGGACCUGGCCUUCAAAGCCAGCGAGCAGAUCUACGGCACCCAGGGCGUCAACCCCUACGAGUGCCUGCGCCAGUCCUGCGGCAUCCUCAUCGCCACCAUGAACAAGAUGGCCACGGCCAUGCAGGAGGGCGAGUACGACGCCGACAGGCCGCAGACCAAG